CCAUUGCACCUGUAACUCAAUGACUCCAACUCCCAAUCCGGCUCCAUUCAAGGUUCUUUUAACAAAUAUUGAUUUGCAGUUGGAUGACAAGGCUGUACUUUUGCUUAGAGUUGUGAGCAAAUGAAUCAUCCCCAGCAAGAGCAAUCCAAACGACCCAAUAUGGUAGAGACGGUUCUCAUGGAUGAGGAGGUUUUCACCUCUCCAGCUCAGACCACACUCAUACAACACACAACCAAGCAUCACCGGAAGGGACAAUCGCACUCAGCCCAGUCCAACCAUCUCAACGCACACCAAGGUCAGAAAAGGGGAAACACAGAGAGAAUAACACAAAGGGACCGGAAGGAGAAGAGACGGAAAGUCUCUCUUUCUCAAUCUCUCUCACCUUACUCUCUCUCUCUAACCGAAGACCUCAACCCGCUCAAGAGGAAGAAGAGGGCCUUAAGUACCAGGGCAGCAAGGGAACCCUAAUAGAGGGUUCCAGAAACAGGGCCAGUAGAGAAACACAUGGGCCGGUGACAAGAGGCAAGCAAACAGGCCCAACAAGGUAAAAGAGGGCUGCCAAGGCUUUUAUGGGCCAAUACCUCCACAAUCUCC